AUGAUGAUUAUGAACCCUUGUUUGCUGAAGGUUUUUCAAGUAGAAUUGGGACUCUUUGGAUGGCUAUUAUCCAGAUUCCAGCUUCUGCUAUCAGUGUACUCGACAGAUAGAUUAGGAAGACGACCACUUCUUAUGGACCUCUAUCUGUUGAAGGAACUCACUCCCAUUUUGGUGCUAAUCGGAAUCUUGGGUUAUACUGUGGCUUACUCAAUAGGCAUGGCUGGAUUACCAUGGGUUAUAAUGUCAGAGAUAUUCCCUGUAAAUAUCAAGGGUACGGCUGGAAGCCUUGUGAUCACAAUGAAAUGGUCCUCUUCUUGGAUUGUUACAUUCACUUUCAAUUUUAUGAUGGAAUGGAGUACAGCAGGGACAUUUUUUGUAUUCUGUAGCAUUUGUGGUUUGACUGUUCUAUUCAUCGCAAAGCUGGUACCAGAGACCAAGGGGCAAGCUCUAGAAGAAAUACAGGCAUCGAUUACCCAAUUUUCUGCUUGA